AUGAAGAAUUAUUAUCAAAAUUGUAAAUUUAUGAGAUUUACUUUUUUAAAUUUGGUUUAGUUUCUUUCACUUUAGAUGAGAAGCAAUAUGAAAUUUGUGAAGCUAUUUGUUGGUAUCGAAUUUACAUAAAAUAUUGCUCUAUCUUUACCAAAACAUGGCUGGGGAUAAUUAUAAUAUGAGGACAAAAUGCUUAAAGCAAUUUCAUAAUUUACUAACUAUACUCUAUUUUUAGAUUAAGCUGACAGUUAAUAUUCAUUUGAUGUUUUUAUCAUCUUCUUCUCCUUUUUAUCAUACAUUGCUUUGCUUUUUUCUGUAAUGUGUCAUUAGAAAGAUGCUAUCAGAUAUUGUAUAAACUACACUUUAACCAUUUUGAAUAAAGUACUCAAGCUCCCACUUAUAGCUAUUUAUAUUGAAUUUUUGUUUUACCACUCAGAAAAUGUAGGGUAUUUUGUGAUAGGAUGUUUUACAUUUGCAAUAUUUUUGGUGUUGUUAGGUUUGAUUACAUAUUUUUAGAGAGACAUUUAAUGCAAUUUUAACAGAUUGAAUGUUCCAAUUUAUCAUUUUUAUUCUCCUGUUUUAUUUAUCAUACAUCUUCUGGAUAUAUUUAGAGUUUUAGUAUUUACAAUAUUAAAAACAAACACUGGAUAAAUCGUAUUUUAACUGUUAACUAUAAUGAGAAUGAUAUUGAAACAACAUCAAAAUAUAUUUGAAUAAAAUGAUUAAGAUAAAUCUAAUUAAAGUCUAAUAUUAUGCAAUUUAUUUAUUUCUAUAUUUCUCCUUGUUGGAAUAAGUACAUAAAUAAAUGAAACAUCUAUUUUUAAUAUAUUGCUUUAUUCAUCCACUCUCAUAUACCAUUUAUUUACUUAAAUUAACUUCGCUUAGAUAUUUUACUCCAGUAGUUUACAAUACUUAAUUCAUCAAAAAAUGGUCGAAAAAAAAAUAUUUGUUUGUGCAUUAAGUUGCAAUCUUGAUAACAAUUAUAUAUAAAACCUAUUUGAGAUCUGCUUGCAAGAUGAGAUUAAUAAUUAUACAUCCAACCUUAUCUCACCUAAAUAUUAAUCUAUAUUUUAAAAGGAGGACAAUAUAUUAAUAUUAUUUGACUUUUUAGUCAAACAUUCAUAAAGAUAUUACUUAGCAUUAAAUCUUCUUUAUAAGUUUGAGAGCACCCAAACUAAUUAAUCCUAUUUUUAUAAGUAGAUUAGUGCAUUUUUGAAGUAUAAAGUUUAAAAAGAAAUGGUGCAAUUCAAUCAAUUUACAAAAACAAUUGAAAAUUUAAAUAUGAAUAAACUAAUUGAAGCAGAAUAUGAAAAAAAGACUUUAGAGGUUUUUUAAAAAUAAAUAGAAUUUCUUAAGUAUCUAAUAUAGGGAGCUUAAUCUUUUAAUGAAAUAGAGAAGCAUAUUAUCGGCAUAUCUGAAACCAUUUAGGGAAUAAAAUUAUGGUUAAAGAAAAACAACAUUUAUAAAAACAGAGAUAAUUCUCUCUUUCUAAAGAUUUCCAUUAAUUUCAAUAUUUAAAUAAUGUAAAAUCUUAUAUAAGGGAUUAAAUUAAAUAAAAUUUUGAAUUAAUUAUUGACAACAGACAGCAAAACUAUUAGUUACACAGAAAUUUCUAAAGAAGACUCUAUUAUAGUACCAGUAAGUAUAAUUAAUAAAAGAGGCUCUAUAUUAAAUUCUAACAGUCAAACAAACUAGUUUUUUGGUUUUUCCAGUAAGAAUACUAAAUUAGAAACUAUUGAAUAGCUUAUGCCAAAAGCAAUUAAGUCAAUUCAUAAUGAAUUUUUAGAAGGUUUUAUUAAUAGAGUGCAUAUCUUGUCAAAUAGCUAAUAAUCUUAAUUAUAAGUACUAUAAAAACAAGAAAACGAAUAUAUUUAAUGUCUAUAAAUUCACUUUAUAUUAAGUAAUGAUUUCUCAGAUUUUAUUUUAUUAUCAUUAAUAAAAAAAGUUAAUAAAAAUAAAGUUUUUAUUGUAUUUGAUAAUUCUGGAUAAAUUACAGGUAUGAGUUAGCAUUUAAAGAAUUAUUGGCCAGAAAUCUUCUAAUAAAUGUAGUUCUAUAAUUUGAUAUAGUAUUAUUGUCCAAAAUUAUUUGAAUUGCUUUCAAGUUAGAACUCUUCUCAGAUAUUUGAUAUAAAUUUUAUAUAAAGAUCUAAGAUAUAAAAAAUAGAUAUGUCAUUCAAAAGCUUUAUAAGACAAGAAACCAAUUUGUUAAAAUCCUCUUAUUACGUGGACAAUAUUUAUUCAGAGAGAUCUGAUUAAAUGCAGUUACUGAAUUCGAAAUAUUAGAAUAUAGAGUAGGAUACAUUAAACUUUAAUAUAUUAGAUGUUUUUUAUCAAAACUAUUUAAAUUCAAUAAUGAAUAUUCAUGCAACAGAAAGUGAUGUAAUCUUUCCUGCAAAAGGAUUGAUAAAGAAAGUUCAAUUAAAAGAUGAAAUAAUCUAAUAUCAAUUAGAACUACACUUUAAUGAGAUAUCAUCAAAAAAUGAAAAAGUUGAAACAAUCAGUGAUUCCAAGAGAAAGAUGGAACCAUAAAAAACUAAAUCAUUAAUUGAAGGAAGUGAGUUUGGAACAGAAUUAAAAGCUGCUUUCCUCCUUCAUCAAGUAUUGUUAAAAUAAACUAGUAGUGUGCCGUUUAUAAAAAUAUACUUUUACAAAUUUAUUGUAAUUUUACUGAUCAUUAUAUUUUUAAUUUUGCAAAUCUAUUAAAGUCAAAAUGAUGGCUAGACUAAAAUUAAAUUAACACAAUACAUUUAUGCUCCUUAAUUAAUGGCUAAGGUAUACAAUGAUGCAUUUUAAUUGGGAUUUCAUAAAUUAAUUUUUUAAAAUUUGGAGACUUCAUAAUUUUUAUAAAAUGCUUUUAUUACCUAAUUAGAUUAUAAGUUAUCUUAGAUUAGAGAGGAAUAUGAUUUUUUACACACUGAAUUAAUCAAGAUCGAUGCAAUAAAACAUGAAAUUUCAUAUUCUUUAGAUAUAUUAUAAAGCAGAAUACAACUUACUAGUAUUGCUACUUUUUCAGAAAAAAUUAGAGAAAAUAUGAUACCUUUAAUUACAUAUUCAGCAGAUCAAAUUCAGUUUAUUAAGUCUAUUCUCUUCUUUAGAAUGAACAUAGUAUAGGCAUACAAUAUCAGCAUCGAUAUUUUAGACACAUUUAGUAUCUAAUUGGCAACUUACUAAACUAAUAUUAUGGAAUUUUGGAAUAGCAUACUUGCUGUCUAACUUAUCUUAUUUAUUAUCCCUUUCCUAAUAAAUAUCAAUAAUUGGUUUAAAUUUGAAAAAAGACAGAAAUGUAUUAUAUAAAUAAUAACUAAAAUAAAUGAAGACUAAGCUUAUCAAUUAAUUGAUUAGAAGCUGUGUUUUAUAAAGUCAGCCAUAUAAGAAAAAGGAAACAUGAUCAAUACUCUCAAAUAAAGCCUAUUAUCAUUAAAAACUUCUAAUUUAAAGGACUUUAUACCUCAAUCUUAAAAUUCAAUCAAACAAAGAUAAACAUAAACACUGUAUGAAAAGAUCUCCAAUAAAUAAAUAAGUAUUAUACCAAAAUUGAGUGUGAGCAUUAUUAGCUACCUAUUAAUAGCAUUCUUAGUGGGCUUUGGAUAUUUGCAAACCAAAUUAAGUGACUAAACAUACUAACCUAUAGAAUAGUUAAUUAAAACGUAUGUUAAAUUUCAAGCCCAAUUAAGUUAUUUAAUUUCUUUUGCAUCUAUAAUGAAAGGAUAACAAGAAUUGUUAAAUAUUAUUCAAGACAUACAUGAUGCUGAAUUAGGAAAUAUAAAUACAUUAUUUUAAGAUGAUUAAGUUCCUUAGAGUUUUCACAAUUUAUCUUAAACAUAUUCGAAAAAAGUUAUAACCUUAUUUUCUACCAUCAUUUUGACAAAUCAAAUAGAUUAAAAAGAUAAAGAAAUUCUUUAUGAUCUUUACUAGGGCGAUUUUUGUAAUUAUUUGCAAGAAUCAAUAAAGUUUUGUAAUACAAAUCUAACUUAAUCAAAAUUUGAAAAGGAAUAUGGGCAAUUUUAUGGAUAUGAAAAUAAUUCUGAUGUUUUGAGAACAGGUAUCAUUGGUUUUAUUAGCAAAUUGGAUUCAUUAUUGAAAAAUAAUUUUGAUUUGGAAAUCUCAAAAUCUAUUUACGAUUAAAAUCCAUCUGGCCCUUUUUACUACUUUAAAGACUAUAAUAAUCUCAUAGUGUAAUUUCCACUUAAUAUUUCUGAAGGUUUCAAUCAAUUUUAUGAAGAAGUAAACUACAUAUCAUCAAAUCUAAUAACAAAGACUAUGGAUAGUUUAUUCAUUUUUUACAUUUGUUUUGGUAUAUUCAUCUUGGUUAUUUACUUGAUAAUAUCUAGUAUUCAAAUUAGAUACUCAUAAAGAAGAUAUAAAAGAUGUAUUCUAGGCCUAGUCAUGUUAUCAGAGGAUCUUUUGAAUGACAAAACUAGUUUGUAUUUGUUAAAGAAAUUGAUGAAUUGA